AUGCCGACUGUUCUUAAAUUAAUCGAUUAUCUUGAUAUUUAUACAUAUCCAUAUGGGAAAGCAAAUACAACUGUUAUUAAUGGCAAAUACGAGUUCACUUGUCAGCAUCAAUAUUAUGAAUGUUAUGGUAACAAACUGCAUGCGUGCGCUAUACACGCUCUGAGAGAUGUGAAUAGAUACGUACGCUAUAACGCCUGCCUGAUGGACCGCUCGCAGCGACUCUGGGGCUCGGAUGAUGACGCCGUUGAUCAAUGUGGAAAUAAAUUAGGAGUAGAUUCGAAUGCUAUCAAAAUAUGUGCCAAAGGAAACGAGGGGUCGGCGUUGCUGAAUGAUUAUGGUGUGGAAAGUAAAAACCUGAUUUUGAAACAUGUGCCCCACAUCUGUAUCAACGGGGUGCCGGUUGAGAUGAAAGAAGACUUGAUGCAGACACUUUGUGAUGUUUUCAAUAAUAUACCAAAAGCUUGUUAA